GCGCCGCGCUGCCCGCAGGCUGUCGGACUGCUGCUCGGGGCGCUGCUGUGCGGAGUGGCAGAAAGUCGAGGGCUCUUGGACAAUAAUCAGAGAUUUUCUUCUUCACCAACUUACCUACCUGUGAGCUACCGCAUCUUCAGUGCAGAGACCUCUUUCUUCCUCAAAGAAGCCAACCAAGACUUCAUGAGAAAUUCCAGUUUGCAAUCUAGGGUGGAAUCAUUCUUCCCGUAUAAAGCCAAGAGACCUCCUGUGCUAAACGCCAGCUAUGGACCUUUUUCCAUUGAACAAGUUGUGCCCCAGGACCUGAUGAUAACUUCCAGCUUCUUUGGAUCUGCUAACAAGUUCACAUAUAACUGGAAACUUAAGGCCUACAUAAUGAGUGACAAAAUCUACCCUAGCAAGCCCAAAGUCCAGGUCCUGUUCUACAUUGUGGGCAGGGACUGGGAUGACUAUAGCACGACGGAGAGGCUGCCCUGCCUGCGGGUGUUCGCCUUCCGAGAGACGCGGGAAGUCAGAGGCAGCUGCAGGCUGAAGGGGGACCUGGGGCUGUGUGUGGCAGAGCUGGAACUGCUGCCAGGCUGGUUUAACCCCCUCACCGUUGUCACAGGUCGUAAGAAGACACUUGAUCUUUCUGAAGGGAGCCCUGUGGAGCUUUACUACACUGUCCAACCAGGAGAUGAGAAGGGAGAGUGUACUGCUGAGGAUGUAAGGAAGGGAAAUGCUAUCCGGCCAGGAAAAGAUGGCAUGGAUGAAACCAUGUCCCACUUACAGCGGAUUGGAUCAAUCAGCCUCUAUCGAGGCCAGGAAACUUCUCAGCUAACAGAGCUACGGCUGGAUGGUAACAUCGUCGUCUGGCUGCCCUCAAAGCCUGUCAAACAAGGAGAGGUUGUGAAUGUUUAUGUGACAAUUGCCAACAAUUCUACAGUGGAUCAGUUCAUACUCAGGGCAAAGGUGAAGAAAGGUGUAAAUAUUCUCAACGCAAAGACAAGUGACCCACAGCAAUGGGAUGUGAAACAAGAGGUGGGGAAUGGUGGAAAGCAUUCAACCACAACAGUUAUUUGUCAGAGGAUGGCACCAAGUUCAAGGAACAGGCAUUCUCAUUUUGUGUACGAGACCAUCAGCGAGAGGAACUGAAUCAGAAUCCACUGAUGUAAUGUCAAUUUGCCCUGUCUGACAUUUGCUGAUGAUGAAGAGAUGACCUCUAACAGCCAAGAGCAAGUCUUACUGCCCAGUAUUGCCUUAGACAAGUUUUGUCUUCAUUUUCAUAUAUUUGAAGAUCAGUAUUCCUGUAAUUCCCUUUUUCUCUAUUCAAAAUGCUCCAUCUGCUUUGGGAAAC